UUAUAGAUGAGAGAGUUCAUAAGAUUAGAGCAAGAUUCUAUAAAUUUGGUACACAGUACAUGUUCUUAACCUGUACUCUAAUAUUUGAAUAUGAAUGCCUGAUGAGUGCAUUAGCACCAUGUCUGCUGCUUUUCUCUCUCAAACCCUAUCAUCUUCCUUUAGGUACCUUUAUCAUCUUUUACUUUGCUGCUUAGUCUUCUAUGAUUGAUUUAUUAUGCUUCACCUUUCUUCUUUUUUUUUUUUUUAAGUACACUUCACACCUAACGUGGGGCUUGAACUCACGACUCUGAGAUCGAGUUGCAUGCUCUACUGACUGAGCCAGUUAGGCAUCUCUUCACGUUCUUUUUUAAUAGAGUGUUUUAUCUUUGUACUAAAGGCCUUUUUGAGGAAGAAGCCAGAAUAUUUCUUGCUCUGGAUGUCUAAAAAUCCAAAUUUAGGAAAGUGAAUUUUGUAGUCAGGUACUAUGUUGAGGCUUAAAGAUAAUAUACCUGUUUUGCUUAUGUAUUCUCUUUCUCUUUGACCUUUUAAUUUUGAUUGUUUAUGCACAAAAUAUUUUACUUUUUUUUUUCCUCGAACCUUCAGCCUUCCAUGUGGGAUCAUUUUCCUUCUGCCUGCGGUACAUUGUUUAGGAUUUCCUUUAGUAGGGAUCUUUUCUUAGUGGUUGAUCUUUGAACAAAAGUUUCACUUCUGCCCUCUGCCAUGUAUGGUUUUUUUCAAGUCCUGUUUAUAAUCCAAGAUUUUGUAAGGCUGAUUAGUCCCAUCCUCAGCUGUUAGGUUCCUUUGUGGAUACGCUAAAGUUUUUUUCUUUAUUUUUUUCUCCAGAAGUGUGAGGUUGACAUCACCUCUUGCAGAUGACCCUUUUCCUGUUGUAUUUGUUUUCUUCCCUCAUUAUAGUAAUUUUAACAUAAGGACCUACUAAAAGGUAAAGAAGAUAAAUGUGUGCUUAAUGGGCCAUAUUGAACUGGAAGUGCUUCUCAGUCAUGUUUGAAUUUCUUUAAUUGUGGUGUACUGAUAGAAAUGUCCUCUGCUUCAACACUUGAAUUUCUCUGAGACCUUGAAACUUAAUACCGUAUGCAUUUCCCAGCACCGUUCAUUCCCGAUUCCUGAGUUUCAUUUAGAGUUUGAAUACCAGGCUGUUAAGAAUUUCUCUUAAAUUUGAAUUUUAAGAAUUGCUAAUUUCUCUUUUUUUUUUUUUUACAAUUUUAUUCACACUGUCAUCAUCUGUUUACCAGAAGUAAUAAUUGCAAAACUUAAAUUGUUUAGUGCUAUUUCUAGCAUUCUGCAUUCACCUGUGUUUGAGAUCUUUAUUCUUAAUUUUUGUUUUGUUAAUUUUCUACGUUCUUUAGAAAAGCUGUAUAUUGCUUAUUUAAUUUCUGUGUUGUGUGCCUGAAGAUUUCUUUCUUAGCCUUUAUUUCUUAGGUCUUUUAAGGCCUCCAAGAAGUUGGAAUGUUUGCCUUAGUAGAAUAUCCUCCGAAUCCUAAAUCUAGAGCUCCAAGGAUGCUGGUCAUUAAGAAAGGUAAUACAAAAGACUUACAGCUAUCUGGAUUCCCAGUGGUAGGAAAUCUUCAAUCACAACCAGUUAAGAACGGGACUGGUCCAAGUGUUUAUAAAGGCUUAGUCCCUAAACCUGCUGCUCCACCUACAAAACCUACACAAUGGAAAAGCCAAACUAAAGAAAAUAAAGUUGGGACUUCUUUCCCUCAUGAGUCUACAUAUGGUGUUGGCAACUUCAAUGCUUUUAAAUCAACUGCCAAGAAUUUUAGUCCAUCAACAACUUCAGUGAAAGAGUGUAACCGCUCAAAUUCCUCUUCACCUGUUGACAAACUUAAUCAGCAGCCUCGUCUAACCAAACUGACACGUAUGCGCACUGAUAAGAAAAGUGAAUUUUUGAAAGCAUUGAAAAGGGACAGAGUAGAAGAAGAACAUGAAGAUGAAAGUCAUGCUGGCUCAGAGAAGGAUGAGGAUUCAUUUAAUUUGCAUAACAGCAAUAGUACUCACCAAGAAAGGGAUAUAAACCGAAACUUUGAUGAAAAUGAAAUUCCACAGGAGAAUGGCAAUGCCUCAGUAAUUUCCCAGCAGAUCAUUCGGUCUUCAACCUUCCCACAAACUGAUGUUCUUUCCAGUUCACUUGAGGCAGAACACAGAUUGUUAAAGGAGAUGGGCUGGCAAGAAGACAGUGAGAAUGAUGAAACAUGUGCUCCCUUAACUGAGGAUGAAAUGAGAGAAUUCCAAGUUAUUAGUGAACAGUUACAGAAGAAUGGUCUGAGGAAAAAUGGUAUUUUGAAAAAUGGCCUCAUCUGUGACUUCAAGUUUGGACCCUGGAAAAACAGCACUUUCAAACCCACUAUUGAGAAUGAUGACACAGAGACAAGUAGCAGUGACACAUCAGAUGAUGACGAUGUGUGAAGGAUUUCCUAACAGCUUUAGAAAUUUUAGUGUGAUACAUCUCUCAUACAGUUUGGGGUGAAUUGUAAAAAUGAAGAACUAUAAUUUAUGUAGUAAAAUACCCCAUUAGAAGAUGAUUUUUUUGAGGGACUUCACUAUGAAGAAAACCAAGAAUGUUGUGUUGGGCUGUGUUGAACAUUAUUUCUUUGUAAAUGAAUGUUGUAGAAAUGAGGACUUUGGUUGAUCCAACAUUGACUUUCUUCAUCACUGCAGCAUUUCUCUGACUAGCAAUGUGACGAUGUAACAAAUGAGAUUUUCUCAUUUAAUAAUAAAAAAAUUGUGUAAUGUUUUGCAAAGCUUCUGUCUUAAAAUAUCGAACAGGUCUUAAGAAAAAAGGCAGCUUACACUGUUUUGCUUGCAGAGUCCUAUCUUUUUCGUACAAUGGAAAUCUUCAAGUCCACUUUGUGCUCCCCGCCCCCAAAAGGACAAUGUAGCAUGUUGGCUAAAACUGGAGCAGAGUGCACUAAAACAUUAAUUUCCUGAACUCAAGUGUUGUACUAGUCACCUUUUAAAACAUAAAUUGCUCUUUAGCCAUUUGUAGUUUGGUAAACGUUACAGGAAAGACUUGACACACUUUCUUCCAAAUUUUAAGAGGUGAUUUUCAAGAACUUUAUUUGGAUAUGUUGUCAGACCAGGACUUUCAGAGUUGAUGGAAGAGUCUUGUGGGAAAACUUAUUUUGAUAAAUUAUUACACAUGCAGAAAAACUGAUCACACUGACUGGAUCUGUCCACACAUGGAAAAUAAACUGGAUUUUCAGAA